AUGACAGCACCACCCCCUGCCCAUUUAGGCCAUCCAAAUGGUCACUCUAGCCAUGAGAGUACAGAUCCAACACUGCUCGAAAUUCUAGAAAUCCAAAGAAGGCAAGAGGCGGCUUUAAGGGAUCUUCAGCAGAGGAACCUAGCUCUAGAGUUCGAGAACUAUCAGCUAUGGAACUUAAGUUCGAGGUCGAGAGGAUCUUCUAGCCGAGAGACAUCAGGACACCAAGGCCGAAUCGGGCAGGUACCACCUGCAGUAGGACCAAGCAAUUCCGGUCGAUCAGGACCACCCCCAACACCACCUAUCGGAAGAUACAGUCCACCCGAGGAUUCAUCGACAAACGACGAAAGGCACGAGAGGAAUAAUCAACAUAGAAACACAAGGUCCGACAAUACGACUGAAGCCAAGAUAAGAGAGUUAGAGGAAAAGAUAAGGAAGUUGUCAGGAACCGGCGAAGAAGAUAAGCUCUCCGAGGUCAUAAGCGAGGCCGAGAGGACCCCUUUCACCCAAGAGCUAGAACUAACGGACUUCCCACCUAAGUGCACGCUCCCCACCUUCCCAUCAAGGUCCGACGGCAUGGGAGACGCAGUUGAGCAUUUGAAGAUGUACACAAUGUCCCUAAUACAAUGGAAAAACCAUGAGGUGUUAAUGUGCAAGUUCUUCCCUGAAAUCUUGGAAGGCGAGGCAAGGAAAUGGUUCUACAACCUCGCACCAGGAACAUUCAACAGUUAUGAGACUCUAGUCGAAGCCUUCCUUGAGACAUACAUGCACAACAGCAGACCUCGGCCCAGGGUCAACAGGUUAUUCACCUUGGCCCGACGGUUCAGAGAACCUUUCAGAUCAUUGACCGUUAGAUGGAGAAAUUUGUGUACAGAAAUUGGGAAAGUACCCGUCGACCAGCAGAUAUUCGGGUUUGAAAACGCACUUGGGAGGUCGGAUCCCAUAUGGAUAGCCAUGUUCACUGAAAAACCACAAACAUUGAAAGAAAUGAGGAAAAUGCAAGAACAUUUCAUUUCCCUAGAAGAAAUUCAGGAAGAGUCAAUGGAUAGGGGAGUGCAAGAGGCUAGUGCGACGCCCGAGUCGACAUCGGACGAUGUUCAAAGGCGUCCCGAGAAGAGACCGAGCCCACCUACGCGAGGAAAUGGGAAGAAGGAAUGGGUGGCUAAAGGAAAGAGGCCGAGGCACGAGGCGAGAACGUACACCCCUUUGAAUGCACCACCAGAAGAAAUCUUCAAAGAGGGGAUAGCUGAGGUCGUAGGAGAUCCACAGGCAGCCCGACAGUGCAUGCAGGUCGAUGCCCAGAUAAAUGAGGAGCGGCGAGCACGACAAAGGGGAGAGAAGAAAAGGCUAAAGAAGCCAAAGUCGCAGAAGAACUGGAAAGAGUUAUUUCGCAGGCGGUCAUGA